GAAUAUCAUGCAAGAUCCACUGGCCGACACUAGCAACUAACCUCUUUCUCCUCUACACUUGCAUAUUCUGUAUUUUCAUUUUCUCGCACUUCAACAAUGGUAUCGGAAGGAGUCGAAGCCGCUAUUGCCAUCGGAUCCGUUGCUGGACUCUGCAUCCUCUAUGUGGUUAUUUCCAAGCUCGCUGACAUAUUCUUCCCCAGCAGCGAGCCGCGCCACCCGAAGCCCAAGAUCAGCCAGCACCUGCUGGCCAAGCCCGAGCUCGAGGAGGUGGUAAUUGAGAGCGCCCACAAAGCUAAGAUAUCAAAGGAGACGCAGCGGGGGAAGGGCCAGGAGUUUGCUACCGACAUUGGCAUAUUUGGCGGAAAUGAGGCCUCGCAGGCAUAUGUCGGCGGAGCAAACGGGGGUUAUGCCACCACUAACAUCUCGUAGAUUCGAGAAGGACAAUUGAAUACAAUAUUGUGGUUUCUUCUCCAGCUUGCUCGCUGCACAUCACAUCACACGGAGGUAGCAGUGGCAAGGGAAUUUGUGGGGUCCAUUGGCAGGCAUGCUGUCACCAGGUCAUGGUGGUUCUUUUUAACACAGCCAAGACCUUCGGCAUGAGCUUGGCGGCAUCAGGACGCUAUUGGUGUCGUUAAAUAUUGCUCUUCCUUUUUUUUUU